AUGACGAGGAGAGACGGCGUCGUGGUCUUGCCGUCUUUGGAGAUGCAAGGAACUUGUAUACGCAGCCGUUUUGGAGACACGAAGAUAUGUUUGACAACGUCGCACCUCGCAUUUUCAGCAUCCGAGGUAUCUUGUUACAAGAAAAGCGUGUACAAAAACACAAAAUUUUGCGCCAAUCUAUCCAGCUCCUUCCAUCGACUUCACAGCACCGCAAGGCUUGAUUUAACCAGUAUCGAUCCCAGAUGGGCUUAUUUUGUCGACAAUUGGAUAGGAAUUCUGGUUCAAAACCAUGUCAAAGAGCUAGAAGUCAGUGUAUCUGACUACUCAUUCCUCGGAUCUACAUUGAAGAGGCACCUGUGUCAUGGAACUAUCAAGUUGUGCUCCUUGAAAAUGCUUAGUCUCAGGAGAGUCUGUAUCACUGAAGAGGAGAUUCAAAAUAUAAUCUCUAGUUGCCCUCUAAUUAAGGAAUUGCGUCUUCAUGGCUGUCGCGGAUUGAAAAGGCUGCGGCCCUUGCAGGUGGCAAAUCUUCAUAAUCUGAACCUAGUUUCUGUCUCGGACUUGGAGGAAGUAGAGAUUAGAGCUCCAACUCUUCAAAGUUUCAUGUAUGCUGUUGCUAAGGACAUGCCAGGGACGUUCAACAUUGAUUCAUCUCCACAUCUUAAGAAUCUUAAGCUUACUAACUUUGGAAUCACUGACGAUUUUGUCUGUGAACUUUUGCGCAAAUUUCCUGUACUGGAGAAGUUAAACCUGAGCUUUUGUCAUUGGUUAAAAGGGAUCGACAUAUCAAGCCGUAGUCACAAGAAUAUUAUUAUCAGGCAAUGUAGGAGGUUGUUGGAGGCAAAGGUUGUUGCUCCUCACUUUCUUUCAUUCAAAUAUGAUAGAAUGCCCAGCGUAUCUAUAACUAUUACCAGUCCCCCAUGGCAGUGGAAGCCCGUUGUGAUUUUCUAUGGAAAUUUAAAAAUAAAUCAUUUGAAAUGGUUCGGUCGACUGAGAAAUUUUGUCUCUAGCUUAAAUCGCCCUGUGGCUUUGAAGGUUAAUCUGAUUGGAUGGCCUAAAAAGACUCUGAUGGGGAUUAAUAAUUAUAAAGGGAUUCCUCUGGGUGAUCAGGUGCCUGUAACAGAGCAUUUGGAGGUAAGAGCAUUUGAUGACUUGAGGUGUUAUGAAUCUCUUUUGGAUUGCUUGUUCUGGACUUGUCAUCCUACUAAGCUGUCUUUAAAAUCAUCCAAUAAGUUGAACAAAACAGUCAUAGAAAAACUAUGUGAGAUACUGAUGGAGAGAGAAGAAGGCCCUUGCUGCUGCAGUUCUGCCAAUAGCAAAUGCGGGUGACAUCAUUUGAAAGACGUGGAGGUUGGGUGCUUUGAACUGAAGAAUAAAGUUGAGAGACCUCUUCACUGGAAAACUUUAUUAAAUUUGUUGCCUUCUCUUGGAGAACAUCAGGGGAUUUGUUUCAAAUUAAACUGGUGACUCGGAAUGGGCUCAGCUUUUGGACAAUUUGGACUACUGAUCAAGAUUGAGGAAAUGCAGAAAUGGUGUCAGGUAGAAUAAGAUCUUUCCCAACUGUGUUCGCCAUAGGUGGAAGGAAAUGCAGAAAUUAGAUUAUGGUAACUUUGUAAGUUUUCAUUCCUGUCAAGUAAUGUUUUUAUGAAUCAUCUUAGAGUGGCAUGAUGCGUUUUCUGUACUCGGCUGCUGCUGCCAUCGCUUUUCUGUUUUAGUCUCGUGAAUUUAAAUGUAAUCUAUGUCUUAAUCAUGGAAUUGUGGAAGAAAUAAGGCCCAUCGAGCUGCUUUAGGUUUAAUUUGUCUUGGAAAUGAGUUGUCAUAGACUCAUAGUUGUGGGAUCUGAUUUAGGGGUAUUGUUUCUUUUGUCUUUUGGUUCCUGAUUACUUCAACUACCCUCUGAAAUCUGAGAAUUGCAGCUGAGCAUGGGAAUUUCUCAAGGUGAAUUUCGUCAUCUUGAUUUUCUUUGUUUAUCUUCAGGCUGUGUUUGGAUCAUGGAUUUUGUGGAGGAUUUAUGAAGGUGAGGAAAAAGAUAAAAGGAGGGAAAGCUGUGUUUGGAAGGAAAAAGUUCUAAAUCCAAGGAGUAAAGGGCCCAAUGUAUGGGAAAAAUAUCAGAUAAUCCUCUGAGGUCUUAAAGAGUGCUGAGUAUCAAAAUUGUGCAGGGCAAAUUGAGCUUCUUGUAUUAAGUCGCGAGGGUUUUAGUGUUGGAAAAUCAUAGUCUUUGCAAAUAUGCAUACACUAUAGCAUUCAUCCAGCGAAGGUUACUUCUUGUAUUUUCUCUUCGGAAAAAGGGUCACAGUUUUGUUUGCUUGUUUACCCAUGGUAUGUUGUUAUGGGACAUUGACAUAUACAUACCCUUGGCCUGUUUCCAUUGAAAGAGUUUCAGCUGCUCUCUAUCGUGUUCGAUAGCUUAAGUUUUCAAUAUGUCAAUGUGUGUUUCAUUUUAGUCAUUAAGUAUAGGUAUCUAUAUCAAUUUUUUAGCAGCUUCAA